GGCCCAGGCUGGGUAUCAAAAAGGCUCUGCAGAGUGAGCAGGCCACAGCUCUGCACCCAGCAGUCAGUCAGACAGCCUUCGCCUGGUCCCUCCAGCUUGCCAACAGCGGGCACCCAGCAACAGUCUGCUUAGAGAAGCCUUGCUCUCCAGCGUGAUUGCGCUGACACUGCUCUGUGGCUUUCUCUACCUGCUGUGGGUUGUUGCUGCCGUUCCAGAAGGGAGCAGAGGGAUGGCCGGGAGCGGAGUCAGGAGCCGGGAGCGUGCCUUCGUCCCAGAGCCUUUCGAUGGAGCCAGUGUGGCCCCACACCUCUGGCUGCAUCGCUUUGAGGUCAUCAACCACCUCAACCACUGGGACCACAUCACCAAGCUGAGGUUCCUGAAAGAGUCCCUCAGGGGAGACGCCCUGGGGGCCUUCAACGGUCUCAGUCCCGAGGACCAGGGAAACUACGGGGCUGUGAAAGAGACCCUCCUGAAGACCUUCGGGGGGCCUGAAGCUGCCCACAGCCACCUGCCCAAGGAGAUCGUCUUUGCCAACAGCAUGGGUAAGGGCUACUACCUCAAAGGGAAAAUUGGCAAAGUGCCCGUGAGGUUCCUGGUGGACUCCGGGGCCCAGGUCUCCGUGGUCCACCCAAGCUUGUGGGAGGAGGUCACCGAUGGCGACUUGGAUACGCUGCGGCCCUUUGAAAAUGUGGUGAAAGUGGCCAACGGGGCCGAAAUGAAGAUCUUGGGCGUCUGGGAUACAGCGGUGUCCCUGGGCAAGCUGAAGCUGAAGGCAGCCUUCCUAGUGGCCAACGCGAGUGCAGAGGAAGCAAUCAUUGGCACCGACGUGCUCCAGGACCACAACGCCGUCCUGGACUUCGAGCACCGCACGUGCACACUUAAAGGGAAGAAGUUCCGCCUUCUGCCAGUGGGAGGGUCCCUGGAAGAUGAGUUCGACCUGGAGCUCAUAGAGGAGGAGCCCUCCUCAGAGGAGCGGGGGCAGCAGCUCUCUUGUUGAGAAGCUCCCUUUGCCUCAUCCCUAAGAUAUUGGUGGGAGGACCCACCGUGGUGGAGGGGACAGGCACGUCUCCUCAGCGGGUCACUGGACUUGGCCAGCCCUCUGAAACCAACUCCCCCGCUCCUGCUCCCCUCCCUUUCCUGCUCCCCUCCCUGCUCCUCCCUCUGCAGGGGCCUUUAUCUGCCCUGCUCAGGGGAAGCUUCCAUUGGAAAAGGAACAGGUGAGGAGAGUAGGUUGGCUGUCUCAGAGGGGAGAGGAUCCUUGUGGUUGUCACACUGCUGUUGGUGGCAAAGACUUGGAGGCCAGAAGAAAGUUCCAAGAAGGCUACAGUGAUGGUCUUUGAGAGAGGACUGGGGGACCCCUUCAGCUCCCCGGAGAUGUGGCUCGAUCACCUGUGGGCCAGGUAGUCUGACUCGACUGGGCUAGGUCCUGGCUGCAGGGUCCUUACAAGUAAGACCCAACCCUCAAGGCCAGGGUGAUGGCUGCUCUGGGAUUCUUCACUGUUGGGUCUUCCCACCUGCAAACUGUGUUUCCUUCUGUCAUUUGCUUUGAAACCCACUGCGUCUUGCGCCAAUAAUUUAUGACUUCAAACAGCAAUAAAGGAUGACUCAUGGAAAAA